GACCGGACCGGUUUUCAUUUCCGCCUAAACAUUGCCCUUGAUUUCCUCUAGAAAGUGAUAUGGAAAGUUAAAUGUCAAACGGAUUCUUACUUUAGAAGAGCCAGCUAUUUGGCAAAAUGGGUCUUCUCCCUGACGAAGCGAAGGUUUUGCCUCCGCCGGGGAUCGUCAACAGAAAUUCAUUGUGGUUCGGGCUGUGCGGGUGGGCGACCGCGAUGCUGCACAACAGUUUAAACCGCAGACCUGCGCUCAAAGCCGGUGUUCAUCGCCAAGCGCUGUUCAUAACAGUUGGAUGGUUUAUUGGUUAUCAUCUUACAAAGUAUGAGAAUUAUAAAUAUGCCACAUUGGACAGGGACAUGAAAGAGUACAUGCGGCUGCAUCCUGAUGUAUUUCCAGAGAAAGAACCGAAGACAUUUGCUGAAAUCGUGGAGCCUUUUCAUCCAAUCCGUUGAACAGAGUCUACUGUUAAAAUACUCUUGUAUUGAUUUAUUAAGUUGUGUCCUCGGUGACAUUAAACUGUUAAAAAAAAAAGUUUUUUUUGUUGUUGUUGUUUUUUUUUUCAAUGUACAAUUAGUUUUUACAUUACCAGAAUAUUUUAAUUGUAUGAAUAGUCAACACAAAACAAGAUCAGAAUUUACCCACUAUCAAUUUUUAUUUUACAAUAUUUGUAUUCCAUGGACUAUACGCAGUUUAGAAAGAUAGUAUUUUAAUUUUUGAUGAAGUGCUCCUUUCACAAUUUGAGUUUAGUCUUGUACAUGUGUGUAUUUAGUAUACUAUAUGCAUCUGCUGUUCUUAAGAGUGUGUUUGCCAUAAUGACAGAAAGCAUGUUGCAAGGACAUGCAUAAACAAGGCCAUCAGUAUCUCUGAA